AUGAAUUAAGACUCAUAAUUUUAAUAGAGUUAAGAUUUUAAAUGUAAAGAUCAUCCUGAAAAACCUGUACUUUUUUGGUGUAAAUCAAAUGAUUGCAAUGAGAAUCGAAUUUUCUGUCUGAAUUGUCAAAAAUAGAAUAAACAUGUUUAACAUUACGAUGAAGAUGUCCUUAGUAUUCAUGAAUUACAUUAAUUUUUAAUUCAAAAAUCAAAACUUCCUAAAGGUCUCAUUUCAGAAUGUCAAAUUCAAUUUUAAUCAACAAUCAAAUCAUAUGAGAAGCUUAUGUCUGGUUUAUCACACAAGUUCUGCGGAUUAGAAGAUAAAAUUACUAAAUUACAACCUUAUUAAACAUAAUAAGCACUUGAUUCUUUGAUUAGCUUUGAUGAAUUUAAGAAUCAUUUGAAUACUAACAUUAUAGGAUUUUUAAAGAAAUUAAAAAAAAUUUUAGAUGAUCUUUUUAUUAAAUUAGAAUUACAUUUGAUUUAAUAUUAGAUCACUGAUUAAUAAGUUAAGAUUAAUAAAAAUGAAUAUCAAAAAGGUUUUAAUUCAUCCUACUUUUAUUUUAGGUGUCUCUUUAAAUAUUAGAAAUUAAUAAAAUGAAGCAAUUAAACUAUUUGAUAAGCUAUUAUUAACUGAACCUUAUAAUGUAGAAAUUAUGUAUUAAAAAGGUUAGUAAUUAUUAUUAUUUUAAGCAAAUUCAUUAAAUUAGUUGAAUAAGUAAGAAGCUGCUUAAUAGAUAUACUUAGAUAUAAUUACAAUUAAUCCAAAACAUGAACUCUCUUUAUUGAAAUUGGGUAUUAGAUUACUCUAUUAUUUAGGUGAUAUUUUAAAAAAUUAACAGUCUUAUUAGUAAGCACAAUAAUAUUAUGAAAAAUGUAUUUCAAUAAAUGCAAAUAAUUCAGCAGCUUAAUUUGGAAUAGGUAUUAUAUAAUUAUAAUCUUUAGGGGAAUGUUUAAGGGUGACUUAUUAAUAUCAUCAUGCAUUAUAAUACUAUCUAAAAAUCAUUGAAAUAGAUUCAUUUAAUAAAGACUAUUUCUUUUAUUAUGGUUAAUUUGUUUUAAGAUUAUUUAGGAGAUUGUUUAAGAUCAUUAAACAGAUAUCAAGCAGCUAUCAAUGCUUAUGAUAAGGUUUUGAUUAAAGAUGCUCAUUAUUCAGAGGCAAUAGCAGGAAAAGGUAUCGAUUAAAAAUUAAAUGAUUAAAGGAAUAUGUUUAUUAUACUUAGGAGAAUGUGAUAAAGCCUAGAAAUUUAUAGAAAACUCACUAUCUAUCAAAAACAAUUUGCCUUUAGGAUUAUAUGGAUAUGGUAAAAUAUAAGUAAUAAUAUAAGGAGUUCUCUUAGGUUCAAAGGGUCACUAUGAAAAAGCUAUUGAAUAUUUUGAUAAGGUUUUGUCCAUAAAUCCAUAACAUUUGGAUUCAUUAUGGGGAAAAGGUAAUUUGAAUAUAAUAAUGUGUAAAGGUGGUUGCUUAAGAAUGUUGGAUCAAUAUGACUAAGCACAAGAAUGGUAUGACAAAGCUUUGGCCAUAAAUUCAUAAGAUGUGAAUUCAUUAUGUGGAAAAGGUAAUUUGAAUUAACAUAUCAUUUAAAGGCGAAUGCUUAAGAAUGUUGGAUCAAUAUGACUAAGCACAAGAAUGGUAUGACAAAGCUUUGGCCAUAAAUCCAUAAGAUGAGAAUUCAUUAUGUGGAAAAGGUAAUUUGAAUUAACAUAUCAUUUAAAGGUGGUUGCUUAAGAAUGAUGAAUCAAUAUGACUAAGCACAAGAAUGGUAUGACAAAGCUUUGGCCAUAAAUCCAUAAGAUGUGAAUUCAUUAUGUGGAAAAGGUAAUUUGAAUUAACAUAUCAUUUAAAGGUGGUUGCUUAAGAAUGAUGAAUCAAUAUGACUAAGCACAAGAAUGGUAUGACAAAGCUUUGGCCAUAAAUCCAUAACAUGUGAAUUCAUUAUAGGGAAAAGGUAAUUUGAAUUUAAUAAUGUUUAAAGGUGAAUGCUUAAGAAUGAUGAAUCAAUAUGACUAAGCACAAGAAUGGUAUGACAAAGCUUUGGCCAUAAAUCCAUAACAUGUGAAUUCAUUAUAGGGAAAAGGUAAUUUGAAUUUAAUAAUGUUUAAAGGUGAAUGCUUAAGAAUGAUGAAUCAAUAUGACUAAGCACAAGAAUGGUAUGACAAAGCUUUGGCCAUAAAUCCAUAACAUGUGAAUUCAUUAUAGGGAAAAGGUAAUUUGAAUUUAAUAAUGUUUAAAGGUGAAUGCUUAAGAAUGAUGAAUCAAUAUGACUAAGCACAAGAAUGGUAUGACAAAGCUUUGGCCAUAAAUCCAUAACAUGUGAAUUCAUUAUAGGGAAAAGGUAAUUUGAAUUUAAUAAUGUUUAAAGGUGAAUGCUUAAGAAUGAUGAAUCAAUAUGACUAAGCACAAGAAUGGUAUGACAAAGCUUUGGCCAUAAAUCCAUAACAUGUGAAUUCAUUAUAGGGAAAAGGUAAUUUGAAUUUAAUAAUGUUUAAAGGUGAAUGCUUAAGAAUGAUGAAUCAAUAUGACUAAGCACAAGAAUGGUAUGACAAAGCUUUGGCCAUAAAUCCAUAACAUGUGAAUUCAUUAUAGGGAAAAGGUAAUUUGAAUUUAAUAAUGUUUAAAGGUGAAUGCUUAAGAAUGAUGAAUCAAUAUGACUAAGCACAAGAAUGGUAUGACAAAGCUUUGGCCAUAAAUCCAUCACAUGAGUAUUCAUUAUAUGGAAAGGGUAUUUUUUAAACUAUUUUUUAGCCUUUCUUUUAUUAGAAUAGAGCUAAUUACAAAUCGCAUAUUCUUUAUUCAAUUAAGCUUAUAAAAUUAAUCCAUUAUAGCAAUUUAAAGAUAAAUUCUAAAGUAAUUUUCUACAUAGAUUUAGUGUAAUACGAAAAGAAAUUAAAGCAUUAAUGA